AUGAGCCAAUCUUACCGUGACAUUGUUCCCGUCCUAUCUCUGGGCCCCCGGGCCUCGGGGAGGCCCCCGGGCAGGGUGUUCUUGGCGAGCUUCGAGCACGGGGGAGAGCACCUGCGCGGCCUCGGCGUGAGCUCCGAUGUCUCCAAGGGCGAGCCUGUCUUCUGCAUCCCGAAGGCGUGCUGGAUCAACGAGGACGUGGUGCCGCGUUCCAGCAACUUCUCGAUGCUCUGCGGGGCGAAUGUGCGCGUGGCGCUCUGGCUGGCAGUCGAGGCGAAGAAGGGGCCCGCGUCCUUCUACUACCCGUAUCUGGCAAUGCUGCCCACAGAGGAAGCGUAUAAGCAUUUCCACCCAGCGUAUUUGGAGGGCUUCCAGCUAGACGAGCAGCUGGAUUUUUGGGAGGGGGCGUGGCUGCGCUCUCUCUCCGACUGCCACCGCGGGAGGGAGUCGCCCACUUGGGAGGAGGCCAAGCUCGCCUACGUGCAGCUGCUGACGCGGCAGUCCGGCUACGUAGGUCUGUCUCCGUUGGCAGAUUUGGCCAACGCCGGCCCCGGCCACGAGGUGAACGUAGCGCAGCGCCUGGACGCUCAGGGCGACUUCUGCCUCGAGGCCGUGCGCGAUCUGCCGGCGGGGGCAGAGCUGCUGACGGACUAUUGGGCCUCGUCGCAGAGCCCCGCGCUGAUGUUCUUCACGUACGGCUUCGCGUUGGACAGGGAGCACCACAACGAGACUCGAAGACCAGACAGCUGGAAAGGCAGCAACAACACUUGA